AUGGUAUUUAAGUCUAUUAAUAACCGCACUCCACCUUAUCUUGCAGAUCUCCUCGUAAGAGAUGUUCCCUCUAGAUCACUUAGAUCCAGUGAUCUGGCACUCUUAACAGUGCCCAGAACUAGAUCUAGGCUCAAGGGUGAUCGUGCGUUUGCGGCUUUUCUUGGUCUACCUACAUUUUUUCCCUGUUUUCUUUCAUUCCUAGAGUCUGAGAUGAAUUGUUAUUCAUUGGUCAGAGUGCCACGAAACACAGUGUUUCUAGCUCCUGUUAUGAGCGUGUUGAAGAUAAACUGUACUAUAACUCUAUAUGGAUGUCACAGGAACCCAAGAGUCUCAUGGUGCAAACUCUAUGGAGAUGUCUGUACAUCUUUAAAUUACUCAAAUCACUUAAGAAAUGAGUGGACAAACAUCACAGAACAUGAAGGGAUGACUUUCCUGGUUUUCCUGAACAUCUCAAUGGAGGAUACAGGUUUCUACAGAUGUAAAGAAGGCGACAUGUCUAUCGGCCAUGCUAUUAAUGUGACUGUGACAGUGCCUACAACAGUACAUACACCUCCAAACGAUGGUCUGCAGUGGCUUUGGUAUUUUGUAUACAUCUGCAGUGGAAUAGUGGGGCUGGUCUUCAUAGUUAUGAUUGUAUCAUUUCUUUAUAUCUUUAUACGCCAAGAUCUGCAAGUCAAAGGUGAUAGUAGCAAAGAAAAGCUCAAUAAAGAUGUUUAUAUGAAGAGGGAGAAUAAUCUUGGGAGGAACCAGGCUCAACUGGAGGAGCUCAUCCUCCUCUGGAAACUUCAGACAAAUGUGACACUCAACAUUUAA